AUGGGCAUAUGUGCAUCAAUUCAAUCUUCAAAAAACCAACAAACAUUUUUAAUCACCAAUGGCCCAAAAUCAUCAUCAACAACAACAACAAAAGUGAUCAACUCAAUAGAUGGGAAGCUACAAGAAUAUAGGCAACCAAUCAAAGCCCGCCACGUAUUAUCCGACCAAUUACCCAACAACACAAACUACUUCCUAUGUAAUUCCGAAGACAUGUUUGUCAAUUGUCACGUGCCACACGUGCCAGAAGAUGAAGAUCUCCAAUUGGGUCAAAUAUAUUUUCUUAUGCCAGUUUCAAAAUCUUUAAAACCAAUUUCUUUACAAGAACUUUGUGUGUUGGCGAUUAAAGCAAGUUUGGCUCUUAAAAAAAAUGAAGAGAUAACGAAGAGGACGACGUCGUUUAGUGGACUACGUAAAAGGAAUGGCAAAUUAGUAAAGAGAUCAUCAAAUGAGAGGGUGGAUUUCCAGUUGGCGUUGAAAAAACUUGCAUGA